GGGAUUGGGAUUGGAAUCUGUUGGGCCAGUGGUAUCUCAGUUGAAUGACCUCGCUAUCUCUGCAAAUUCUGCUGUGGUUGCACCUCCCUUAAACUCAACACAAUGUUCAACUCCUUCAGAUCCUGUUCCAGAUAUUGAUAAAAAAAAUUAGAGCACUAAAAAAGAAGGAACCGUAGAUAACGGAUUAUCCAGACCAUGCUCACCCCUAAUCGCGAUGACCGUUAGCUUAAUGGCAGUCACCAACCUAUGAAGUUGAGGCAGUGAGAGCAGGCAAACAAGCAAUCAAUUUGGACUACGCCGAAUUGGCAAGUAGUUUGUAUUAUUCUUCUGUAUUCAAUCACCUUCAUCAAAAGAGGGGUUGUGUGGAGAUGAGGAUAGUAGGAUUGACUAGUGGAAUCGCAUCAGGGAAGAGCACUGUCUCCAAUCUUUUCAAGUCUCAUGGCAUCCCCGUCGUCGAUGCCGACCUCGUCGCUCGCGAUGUUCUAAAGAAAGGCACUGGUGGGUGGAAAACGGUUGUGGCAGCAUUUGGUGAGGAUAUUUUACAAGAGAAUGAAGAAGUUGAUAGGCCAAAGCUCGGCUGCAUAGUAUUUUCUGAUCCCGACAAGCGCCAACUUCUUAACAGGCUAUUGGCACCUUAUAUUUCAUCUGGUAUUUUUUGGGAAAUUUUGAAGCUAUGGUUGAAGGGCUGUAAGGUUAUUGUUCUUGAUAUCCCUUUGUUGUUUGAGGCCAAGAUGGACAAGUGGACAAAACCCAUUAUUGUUGUAUGGGUUGAUCCUGAAACACAGCUUCAGCGACUUAUGGCAAGAGACAGAACAUCCGUUGAAGAUGCCAGAAACAGGAUACAAGCUCAGAUGCCUCUGGAUGUGAAAAUUACCCAGGCAGACAUAGUGAUUGACAACACUAGAUCGCUAGAUGAACUGAAUGAACGUUUUCAGAAGGUAGUAGUCCAGGUCACAAAGCCCUUGACGUGGGCCGAAUUUGCCCUUUCCAGACAGGGAGCUUUAGUGGCUUUUGUAUCAGUUUUUGUUAGUGUUAUCAUAUGCACGAAAGCUUUAUAAUGACGGUGUUGAUUAUGAUAGACUUACCCUUCAUCUCUUUGAAAUGUAUCUCGGCUUUAUUUAAAUGGGUUGUAUUCAUAAUGUAAUUGAGGAAAUAGACAGGUUGCCAAGGCUGUACAUUGGUUGAAACGUGGAAUUUUGUGUUUGUUCAGUGGAGAAUGAUUUAUGGAGUCACAUUUUGCAAUGCAUAUUUUGUCUAAA